AUGAACAUUCAUCCAUUUAAUGUCAUGCAAGAAAACAACACCAUUGAUGAAUCUAAAUUGUCAGAACGACAACCACUCAUAUAUCCACCACCAACUGUAUGGACAGAAUUCAACGCCAAAUACAAAUACGGCAAACAGAUUUUAGCUACCAUAGGUAGUUUGGGUAUCUUUUCGAUCAUGUUUAUUGUCUUGGGUGUCUUGGGCGUAUACAAAAAUCAAAGAUAUCGAAAUGAAAUAGGAAUUUCAUCUAUUGGCAAGACAAGAUAUCAAGGCAAAAGUUCAGGUUCUUGGGAGACAAACACAAAGAUGGGUGAAGGUGAUGGCACAUAUUAUGAUCCUGGUGUAGGAUUAACUGCAUGUGGAACUAUAUUUACAGCAGAAGAUAAUAUAGUUGCUAUGAAUGAAUAUGAUUUUGGUAACUAUGCAAACCCUAAUAAUAGCCCAGUUUGUGGUGUGUGCAUUAUAGUAACAGGUCCUAAAGGAAGUCAAAAAGCUCAAAUUCAGGAUAUUUGUCCUGCUACAGGCUGUGGAAGAGGUUCAGUAGAUUUAACCCCUGCUGUAUUUAAUCAAAUUGGUGAUCUAUCAGCAGGAAGAAUUCCAAUUAGUUGGAAACAAUGUUAG